AUGUCGUUCAGGGAUAGAUUGGAAGAAUGUGCUUCAAAGUUACACGUGGGGCGAGAUGAAUCAACGGCGUUCAAGACAGCAAUUCUCUUUCUCGAUCUUAUGGCUGCGCACGAGAAUGAGAAUUUGACCUAUCGAACUCUUGAAGAAGAAGGAAAGAUCUUCGAUAGAACACCAUCUUCGAAAGAGACAGAGAUAAAAAAACUCGAGAAUUAUUUGUGCACUCUCAACUCCAGUUUUCCAAGAUACUGGGCAGUCAAGUUGCAACUUACGUACCUUGGACACAAAGAUAAGUGUCAGAUGGUCCACAAACAACGCGCAUUUUUGGAAGGAAACGCUAAAUCAUCAGACUUGAAGGUGGUUUACAAUAGCAUCUUGGAUAAGUGGCUCAAGAAUUGGAAAGCAAUUGUAUUGGAACUCGAUUUGAUUACGAGAGAUGGCAGUGAGAAAGAUUCUUGCAGACUGGCUUUCCGAAUAAUUGCCAACAACAGAAGACCAGAAGAUGUGAUUUUCACGGAGAGAUUGAAGGAUUGUUAUCAAAUUCGCAGAGUAUCAACGAAUCAGGGCAACAUAGAUGGCUCAAAGUUCGCAUUUGGCGAUAUUGAUAUCGAAGAAGUUGAGUGUAUUGCCACAAGAAUAUGGGGAUCAGAAAUUAGUCGGCAAGCCGUCCAUAUUGUUCCAUCACGAAUAAGCACGACCGAAAUGAAUUUGAUGUUUGUCGUGAGACGGGCAAUAAAUCCUUUGCUGGGAACAUACGAUCCCAAGAAUGGUUUAAUAUUGGAAAAACAAAUUGCAGACGCUUGGGAGGCAUGUCAAAUUUGUAUUGUGCCAUGUUUUGAUGAGGACUUGAUGUUCAGCACAUGGGAAUUCCGGGUAAUGGACUCGAACCUGUUAAAGUGCAGCCAUCUGGAGCUGGGUUGUUUAUUCCAGAACAUUCAUGGAUGUACAGCGAAAGUUGGAUCUAAUCCAAGAAUAGACUGCAUCCAAUUCCACUGGUUUCUUUGUCUGGCUAUAUCGAAGAAUAAGAAUUUUGACCAGCAAAGAAUUGAAGAGGAAUUGAUUUAUGGCAAGCAAGCUUGGUCAGCAAUAGAUUCAACGGUUCGAGUGAAACGAGUUUUGAUCUCACUUCUAAGUGACGCUGUUGGUCGUGACCUUCCUCUUGAAAUAACGAAUUGGAGUGCGUAUAAUAAUAGGCUCUCAAAUCUACCAGAAAUUCAAGAAUUGAUGUCAAGAAUCUGCGAUGUACCAGAUGCGACGCCGAGAUUAGAAGGAGGGGGGAGCGAGCAUUAG